CUUGGUAAUCUCAUCUUGUGUACUUUGUAGUUUCCGAAAAUGCUUCCAACUGUGCGAUCGCGAAGUGAUUUUCUCUUCGUAUACUUUUGGCUAGGAGCGUUUUUAACGAUCCAGCCACUGUGUGCUAACGCAACCCAAUGUUUAACCUGCAAUCAUCCAAAAACUGGAUCGCCUCAAUGCGAGACACCCAUCAGGCUGACUGAUUUUGCACCUUCUGUCAAGGUAGCGGACCUUGUCCAAGCUGGCACACUAACAGAGUAUCGGGACUGCAGAGGUGGAUGCGGAAGACAAGUCUUCACAAUUAAUGAGGAAGCAUUUGUUUCGUUUGGAUGCAGUCGAGGAUAUUAUUAUGGGGAUAAACAACUAGAAAUGGACAACUGCCGCAGAAAUGAAAAGAAAGCAUUGUCCGGGACACAGGAUAUCCUGACCGUUCUCGACUGUUUUCGAUGCGAUGGCGACAAAUGUAACAGCCCGGAGAUCAAUCCCUUCCGGACGUCGGAUGUCAUUGCGGCGUCAGCUUCCCAUUCGGCAGUAAAAAAGUUUAAUCUGGGUUUUGUGACCGGUAAUGUGGUGGUAGAAGUCAUGGCACCAGAUGCUUCCAAAUCGACCAGCUGA